AUGCUUUCAUCUACCGCUGCUCCCACCCGUGGCAAGCUUGUUGUUACUGUUGUCGAAGCCCAAGACCUCAAAAAGGAAGACGUUGUGAGCGAUAAUGAUGUCUAUGUCGAGGCCUGGUUGAACAAGAACUAUAAGCAAAAGACGGGAACAAUGAAAAACACCAGCUGCCCCAUUUGGAACGAGACGUUGGUCUUCCCCGUUGAAAAGGGUGACAAGGAGAACAAGCUCUAUGUACGCGUAUUGGACAAGGAUGUUGCUGACUCUGACAAGAUUGGUGAAGGCAAACUUGACUUUUCGAAUGUCUACAAGGAAGGCACUGGCGCCAUCGAUGAAUGGAUUUCUCUUCCCACCCAUUUCCACCUCUCUGACAAGGGCAAGGUCCAUCUCAAAGUUGAGUUUACUCCAGAGACUGAGCCAGCAGAAGCAGCCCCUGCCACCCAACAACAGCAAUAA